AGAGAAGUUGAAAGCUUUACUUUUUCACUUUCACGGUUGCACACCGUCGCGGCAUCUCCACUCUUUCCUCUCAAAACUCAGAAUCACGAUUUUGAGGUUCUCUCGCCUCAGGCGAACAAGUUUAAGAUUUUAGUUCUUGUUGUGAGUGGGUUUCAGAUGAGCGUAGCAAGUGAUUCUCCAGUUCAUUCAUCAAGUAGUAGUGACGAUCUUGCUGCAUUCCUUGAUGCUGAACUGGACUCUGCCUCAGAUGCUUCUUCUGGACCCAGCGAAGAAGAAGAAGAAGCCGAGGAUGAUGAAGAAUCUGGGUUAAAGAGACGAAAGUUAGAGCAUUUAGAAACUGUAGACGAAGAGGAGAUUGAGGAAGCAUCCUCAAGUAAAGGUGAAUGCCAGCACCCAGGAUCAUUUGGGAAUAUGUGUUUCGUCUGUGGACAAAAGUUGGAAGAAACCGGUGUUUCAUUUAGAUACAUACACAAGGAAAUGAGGCUCAAUGAAGAUGAAAUCUCCCGGUUGCGUGAUUCAGAUUCGAGAUUCUUGCAACGCCAGCGGAAGUUGUAUUUAGUUCUCGAUCUAGACCACACACUGCUUAAUUCAACCGUACUAAGGGACCUGAAACCAGAGGAGGAAUACUUGAAAAGCCAUACACAUUCUCUUCAAGAUGUUUCCGGAGGCAGUCUUUUCAUGCUGGAAUUUAUGCACAUGAUGACCAAACUGAGGCCAUUUGUUCACUCAUUUCUAAAAGAAGCCAGUGAGAUGUUUGUGAUGUACAUAUACACAAUGGGAGAUAGGGCAUAUGCGCGACAGAUGGCGAAGCUACUGGACCCCAGAGGAGAGUACUUUGGUGAUCGGAUCAUUUCUCGGGAUGACGGCACAGUGAGACAUCAAAAGAGUCUAGAUGUGGUGCUUGGACAAGAAAGUGCUGUUCUGAUUCUUGACGAUACAGAGAAUGCGUGGCCAAAUCACAAGGACAAUUUGAUUGUGAUAGAGAGGUAUCACUUUUUCGCUUCGAGCUGCAGACAGUUUGAUCACAAAUACAAGUCUCUAUCGGAGUUGAAGAGCGAUGAGAGUGAACCAGAUGGGGCACUUGCAACAGUUCUGAAAGUCCUAAAACAAGCGCAUGCUCUAUUCUUUGAGAAUGUGGAUGAAGACAUAUCAAACAGAGAUGUUAGGUCAAUGCUGAAACAAGUGCGUAAAGAGGUACUCAAAGGAUGUAAAGUAGUGUUCAGUCGGGUGUUCCCAACCAAGGCUAAGCCAGAAGAUCACCCUCUGUGGAAGAUGGCUGAAGAACUAGGAGCCACCUGUGCAACGGAAGUGGAUGCAUCAGUGACACACGUGGUGGCUAUGGAUGUGGGAACAGAGAAGGCACGUUGGGCAGUAAGAGAGAAGAAGUAUGUGGUUCAUAGAGGAUGGAUAGAUGCAGCUAAUUACCUGUGGAAGAAGCAGCCAGAAGAGAAGUUCAGUUUAGAGCAGCUCAAGAAGCAACAAGUAGCGGAAGAAGAGUGAUUUAUAAUGAGAAAGAAGUGAUGACUUUGUUGUUUAAUUGAUUAUGAAUCUAUGUCCAAAGUAAAGUUUUGUAAUGUACAUUAUAUCUGAUCUUUCUCAUAUUUCAACAAGGUCCUAAUUUUGUUCA